UUGGCUAGUCCUGUGCACACUCCGACCCAGGCUUACCUUUUGAUUGGCUGUUCUGCACUCUGUCCUGCGAUGGAGCCCUCCGUUCUCCUGAUUGGCUAGAUAACUACCUGCGCUCGCCCAGGAUUGGACACUGGCAAAGCUGCGAGGGUCCCCGCUCUCUGAUUCGCCGCGCGGCCCAGCCUCACGGCCUGCACCCUGAAUGGCUGCGCCACUACCUGCAAUCGGCCUCGGAUUGGGUGCGUGGCGCCUCCCCGGCGUGAUAGGUCAGGACCACCGCCCCCCUUGCUCCCCAUUGGUUGCUCGGCCAAGCCCGGUCUCCGGGUAAGAUGGCAGCGGACGGACAGUGCUCGCUCCCCGCUUCAUGGCUGCCGGUGACCCUCACCCACGUCGAAUACCCUGCAGGUGAUCUCUUUGGCCACAUCCUUGCCUACCUGAGCCUCAGCCCUAUCUUUGUUAUUGUUGGUUUUUUGACCCUCAUCAUAUUCAAGCGGGAGCUACACACGAUUUCAUUCCUCGGGGGCCUGGGACUCAAUGAAGGUGUCAACUGGCUGAUCAAACACGUCAUCCAGGAGCCUCGGCCCUGUGGAGGCCCACACACGGCAGUGGGCACUAAGUACGGGAUGCCCUCCAGCCACUCCCAGUUUAUGUGGUUCUUCUCUGUUUAUUCCUUCCUGUUCCUGUAUUUAAGAAUGCAUCAGACAAAUAACGCCAGGUUCUUGGACUUGCUGUGGAGGCACCUGCUCUCCCUGGGGCUCCUCACUGCAGCCUUUCUCGUCUCUUAUAGCAGGGUCUACCUGCUGUACCACACCUGGAGCCAGGUACUCUAUGGGGGUAUUGCUGGAAGCCUCAUGGCCAUCGCUUGGUUCAUCUUCACCCAAGAAGUCCUCACCCCACUGUUCCCCAGGAUAGCAGCCUGGCCCAUCUCCGAGUUUUUACUCAUCCGGGACACGAGCCUCAUUCCCAAUGUGCUCUGGUUUGAGUACACAGUAACCAGGGCAGAAGCCAGGAACAGACAACGCAAGCUGGGAACAAAAUUGCAGUGACUGGUGGGUGUUGCUGGGUCAAGCCUCCGAAUCUGGCCUGUACCAUGCCUUGCAUGAUGGAUGGACAUGAUGAUGGAUGGAGGGGUGAAGCAGAGACCUCUACAGACCUAAGUCACCAAGUGGAGCCUUUUUCUUUCUUACUUUAAUUUUAAUGGACAUGGUGGACCAAAGGGCUGAGUCAGGCCCUCAGUGAGGACCCUGGGAGGGCCUGCUCUCUGUGGGUCACAUGGCCAGAGACCCUGGCUCUGCUGCUGUCCGCUCCUGACUGGGUGGAAAGUGCUCUUGGCAUGGGCCCUGGGUUGGAUAGAGCACGGGGGCUCGGUCCUCUGGUCUUGAAACCAGGAACUCCAGGUGGCGAGUGCACACUAUUUAUUUUUUGGGAUUAUGGAGUCUGGGCUGAAGAGGCUGCUCUGCGGUGGCUGCCCUGUGUACAGAGGGGCCCAGGUCAGCUCCCAGGCCGUGCCCUGAGCCACAGGUUGGAUAGCCUGCCUCCUGUUGGACCUGAGUGGGGCCCUGGGGCCUGGAGCCCAUGAGUGAGCAUCCCCUGCUCUCCCUGCCACCAUUGCCAUUCCAGAACCUUGUCAGUGUUUCCUUGUCUGGGGGCAGGGCCCAGAGUGAGCACCCGUCUGUCGGCUGCUGUCAUUGUGUUCUUCCCUAUAUCAACCCAACAUCACAAGGGCUUUCUCUGGUCCUCUAUCCCCAAGACAGUAAUCCCUUCCCGACAAAAGAGCCUGCACAUAUGGGUAAGCACACCCAAGCGUUUACAGCUCCUUUUGUCUGGCCAUCCAGUAGCAUCUGUCUUCAUUCCCACUUGAACAAAGCAGGAACCAGGAGCUAGGAUUCUGGCAGUGUGGCCGUGCUGACACCCUCCCCCAUCAGCUGCCCCGUGUGCUCUGGAUUUCUCCCUGUCCUUCUGGCCUGCCCUGGAGGCUAGAAACCUGUGUGGGUUGACCCUGGAGGCUGCCUGGGUGUGGGCUCUCUGAUCCCCACCUGCCCAGCUGCAAGGGGUCCCUCUUCGGGCCUCUCUCUGAGUUGCCCUGCCACGGUUGUGGAGAUGCUUCCAGAACUGAAGCAGCCCCUGGGGACUGUGUUUGACACCCCCCCCCCUUUUCUUUGUGGAGGUUCCUAACCUGCUGCUGAAGCACAAGUUUUUGGUGCUUUCCUUUCGUGUUUGUUAAAGGCUGUGUCCAAGCCCCUCGAGAUGCCAGGGCCAGGGCUGGUUUCUAGAGAGGUAGGUCAGUCAUGUUCCCUCUUCUUCCCCUAGGAUUUUUAUUUUUUACUUUUUGCCUGAGACAAGCCAAGUGUGAGGUGGUUUAAGAAAAUAAAUGAAAUUGUUUACUAUUGUUUUAAAAUAAAAUCUGAAACUCUG